ACUAUGAGGAUGGCGGUCACGGCGCCCCGAACCCUCCUCCUGGUGCUCUCGGGGCUUCUGGUCCUGACCGAGACCUGGGCGGGUUCCCACUCCCUGAGAUAUUUCUACACCUCCGUGUCCCGGCCGGGAGGGGACCCCCGCUUCAUCUCCGUGAGCUACGUGGACGACACGCAGUUCGUGCGGUUCGACAGCGACUCGGCGAGUCAGAGGAUGGAGCCGCGGGCGCCCUGGAUGGACCAGAUGGACGGGGAGUACUGGGAGGAGCAGACGCGGAUCGCCAAGGACGCCACACAGACUUUCCGAGGGAGCUUGCGGACCCUGCGGGGCUACUACAACCAGAGCGAGGCCGGCUCUCACACCCUCCAAAGCAUGUUCGGCUGCGACGUGGGGCCUGGCGGGCGCCUCCUCCGCGGGUACCUUCAACUCGCCUACGAUGGCCGGGACUACAUCGCCCUGAACGAGGACCUGCGCUCCUGGACCGCGGCCGACAGGGCGGCCCAGAACACCCAGCGCAAGUGGGAGGCAACUGCUUGGGUUGAGCAAGUCAGGGCCUUCCUGGAGGGGGAGUGCGUGCAGUCCCUGGGCAUCUACCUGGAGAACGGGAAGGAGAUGCUGCAGCGCGCAGACCCCCCGAAGGCACACGUGACCCACCACCCCACCUCUGACCGUGAGGCCACCCUGAGGUGCUGGGCCCUGGGCUUCUACCCUGCGGAGAUCUCCCUGACCUGGCAGCGGGAUGGGGAGGACCAGACCCAGGACAUGGAGCUGGUGGAGACCAGGCCUGCAGGGGACGGAACCUUCCAGAAGUGGGCGGCCGUGGUGGUGCCUUCUGGAGAGGAGCAGAGAUACACGUGCCACGUGCAGCACGAGGGGCUGCCUGAGCCCCUCACCCUGAGAUGGGGUAAGGGGGGCUCAGAGCUCUUGUCAGGGGAAGACCUUCCGGACGAGAGCGAGUUUUCCUCCUUGCUGAUCGCUCUGUCCUGGUAUCUGGAAGGCGCUGUGUCAGGAGCUCAGGGAAACAGCCUAUUGGAUGUGGGUGAGCAGAGAGUUAUUUCAGUCAUCGCCUCGUGUGACGUGGGGCUCACGGGCGCAAACACCGCAGUGAAGGCUCGGGGACAGCAGGCAGCAGCGUUCGGUCCCGGGGCUUCUACACCCACCCUGUCUGCGGGGAGAGCAGGGACAUCUUCCACCACGUGCAGCUCCGUGUGUGAACAUGUCCUGUCCCUGGGGAAGCACCUGUCCCCAGAUGACGCACUCACAGACGUCCAGACAGGAGGGGAGCUGUGGAAAAGCACACCUACCCCGACCUGGCUCUGCCUCAGCCUUGGUGCCUCCUCUGCUGAGAACGGACAGGAAAUGACGACCUCGGAUUCUCAGGCUGUGACCCUGCAGCAGGGCUCGGCUCCCAGCACGUUCCGAAAUACUCGGAUCCGCGUCUGCCGCCCGCGUUGA